AUGUCCAGUCAGAAUGAUGACGUUAAAUCCGAUGCCAAGUUUGGGAUGAUGAUCUUAGUCGUGAAGCAUUUGAAUGGGCAAGAGGGUGUCGCUUUGAACAUAGACGGGCUACCGGAUCUCUUUUUGGAAAAACCUGGUGAAAACCUUGCAUUUAUGACAAAUCAGUACCCAAUAGAAGAACAAAUCGAGACCGUUAUGAAGGACAUGUACGAUGAAAUAAACGAUUAUUAUUACAACGACCAGAAUAACUGUGGUUCCUCAUGUCAUUACACACAGAUAGUUUGGGCUAAUACUACCAAAGUAGGAUGUGGUAUGUAUGUUUGUGAUUUGUUGAGUAAUGUCUACAGGAAUGCCUGGCAUUUUGUGUGUUUUUACUCUCCAAGGGCUAACUUUUGUCUCCCUCCUUGUUAUCCAUUUCUGCGGAAUGGACGUCCUUGUUCCCAGUGUAAAACAGGACAAUUCUGUAGAAGUGGGUUAUGUUCUGACAGAAAUAGUAUAUCUGACGGUGUUACUCCAAAUGUUCCGGCUGCUAGUGUUACUUCCCCUGAAAUUAUCUCAAACCAAAAUGCCAAUGGUAUAGAUUCAUCUGAAGCAACCGUAGGUAGAGACAAUGUAAAUCCUAAGACACCCAACACGGUGAUAGAUAACAAUCGAGCAGAAACUGAUGGUCCGGAUAAUAUUGAGAUCAAUUCUGAAACUACACUUGGACCUACUGGUACAACUGAAUGUGAAGAUAAUGAUGCAGUGUGUCCAUUUUGGGCGAAUGGUGGACAAUGUGAAGGGUGGCGGUUAGAAUUUUGUAAACUCUCAUGCAAUAGAUGUUAA